CGCACGCGCACUGCGCCGGACCAGCUAACGAUGCGCUCGGGACGGUAGAAAAGAAGAAAGAAGAGAAAAGUGUUGUAUGUGACCCCAGUGUUGGGCCUUAUGAUCAUAAUGUCAAUGGGGGACAUAGUGAUGGUGAAGGGAGAGGAAGUGGGUCACAAUAACAAUCACAAGACUCAGCUCAUCUUGCACCUCCAGUCCAUCUCCCAAAGGACACAUGAAGAUAUUGGAGAAACAGGUACAACACUCUUGGCUGUAGAGACUCAACAAGAGGACAACUCAGAGGGAGAGGAGGUUGAAUAUGGCUAUCCGAUCACCUGUGGUGACAGCAAAGCAGUGCUUCUGUUCAAGAAGUUUGUAUGUCCAGGAAUCAAUGUCAAAUGUGUUAAGUUCAAUGAUCAGCUUAUUAGCCCCAAGCAGUUUGUGCACCUGGCUGGCAAAGCCACGCUCAAGGACUGGAAGCGAGCCAUCAGGCUUGGAGGAGUGAUGCUCAGAAAGAUGAUGGACUCAGGUCAGAUUGACUUUUACCAGCACGAGACCGUGUGCACCAACUCUUGCCGCAGCACCAAGUUUGACCUGCUGAUCAAUAGCACACGACUAGCCCCCAGUGUGCUGCAGACACCCUGCUCCCCUCUUCCAGUCAUGGGACAGGAAAGCAGUGCAGAGGAGAGGCCUGAGGAAACAGUCAGUGAUGUGGUUGACUCCUGCCCCCCACAGAUGACCCCCACUACAAACAAUGGAGAGGUCAGAAUGGACACAGAGGACAUAUCUGAUGAAACUUUGUGUCUGUGGAAGGGCAUUGCUGAGUUGGGGCUGAUGGGGGAGGUAGUGUCCACUAUCCGCUUAGAGCUGCUAGCCAUGCUGAGGGGAGUGGAGCAGCGCAGUGAGCAGGCGACCCUGCAGGAGGCAGAUGCAGUGCUUCUGAACACACUAACACACAUGUUUGGGCUGCUGGAUUCUGUGAGACAAGUCUUGGACCUGCAGCGAAACAAGACUGACCAAAAUCAACAUCAGAUGCAUUCCACACUCAAAGUUCUUGCUGACCAGCUGGAUAAGCAGAAAAUGAUGGUUUGUAUAUCCAAACGGUCCAGGCUGCAGCGGCCAUGCUCCUCCAGCCUGCUGACCUCUUCCACAUCACCAUUCACAAUCCUCUCUCCCAUCAACCUAACCUCAACCAGCCAACCUCUGACCAUCGCUGGUCUGCCUGUGGCCAUGCUGUCCCAGCUGCCCACUGACACCCAGCUGCUCCCUCACCACACCAGCACAGAGGCCAUGGCUGUAGCAUCCCCCAGUGGGUUCACUGUGCUCAGUGCAGGUCUCGAGGACAGAACUCCCCCAGUGGGGGUGCUUGACCUGAGCCCAGGACAGAGAAGGGAGAGGGAGGGGGAAGAGGAGGAGAGAAGGUCUAUAUGAGAUAAGUGAACUGGAGAUUGGACAGAGAAAGGGAAAAGGAAGACAGCAGGAGCGGCUAGGUGAUGCAGAGGGUGUUGUUGGUAGCAAUAAACCAUGCAAGAAUUGAGGGACGUGAGAGUGGAUCCCACCUUUCCACCUUUAAAUAGAGAUACUGUAGAUGAAAAAAAGGAGGGAGAGAAUGCAAUUGGGUGACCAUACACUUUUUAUUAAAAUACAAGGGAGUGCUGAUUUGGGAUUGGCUGUGCUAUCAUCAUGUAAACGAGUCUAUAUAACAUAGACACUGUUAAUGUUUAAGUGCUAAAUUCUUAGAAGCUUACUAAACAUGGGCAGUGGAGAUAUUAUGUGAUAUCUUAGCCGUUCUUAUAUCAUUGCUAUCCUAACAAAAUAAUGUAUCUCCAAAAUAGCAACUUUACAUGAGAAAACAAAAAUGUUUUUAACUUUUAAUGUAAGUUAAAUGUUUGAUUCCAAGUAAAAUUUCUAUUGGUGCAUUUAUCAUAGCAUUUUCACACAUUAUAAAGGGAAGUUGUGCUCAAAUGAUGGAGAAAAAAAAUGAAAUGAUAUAUGACUAUAUAAACUAAAAAGCAAUAUACAAUUGAGUUUAAAAGUCAGAAACUACCCUUCUUUCAUUCAAUUUCAUGUCCAUAUGGCCAUUACAUCCAAGUCAUCAUUUCACAGCAUCAGGUAAAAAAGAAGUAAAAUAUAUUUAACAGAAAAAAAUUCAACUUAAUAUAAUAGAAAUUGUUUCAGUAUUUAGUGUGUCCACCUUUACCUUUAUUGCAGCUUCCAUUCUUUUUAAGGAACUUUUUUACAGUUUCUCAGGGAAACCUGCAAGGAUUUAUUUCAGUUGUAAAAGUUGCAUUUGACUGCUUCUCAUGGUCCAAGUUAUCCAAAAAAUUACACUCUGUCUAUGAGACCUUACUCCACAUCUUAAAUGUCUACUGUUGGUGUUCUAGUGCAGAUUUUAUUCUGUUUUGUCGGUUUUCUUUUCUCAGCAAUGGCUUCUUGACACCUACACAUCCUUUUAAACACAAUGUUGUCUUCUCACAGUGGAAGGAGGGUCAGAAUCACCUGUGGAUUGAUUUAUUUGAAUUUUGGCAAUACUUUAUGCUUUUUUGCACAAAUGUCAGGUUUUAGCUGACCAACCUAAUACAGUGUUUAUAAUAUGCAAUAAUUCUGCUAGUAACCAGGAAGGGGAAAGUGAAUAUCAUUCUCUUUGUCAGAAUCUUUCCUUUCUCUUAGGGAACCUAUUUUUAUAAUCUCUGUAUUUAUGACUUUGACUUUCUGUCAUGUACAACUGCACAUGUAACAUUCAUUUACAUGUGAUUAUGUGGUAAUUAUCAUAUACUGGUUUCCAUAGUGAUUGAUGUAGCAUUUCUGUAAAUGAUGGAUUUGUAACCCUGAUUAGCUUGAAAUGAGGUGACGUGUAGCUUGUUGUAUUGAGUAAGUCUACUCUAAUAUCUGAUGCAUCUAACCGCUGCUAAAAAUACCUCAUAUACUUUCAGUGUAUCAGAAAUGACAAUCGUAAACUGACUUGAGCUCUUGAGCACUCAAAUGAUAAUUACUAAUUAUCUAAUUACUAAUAACUGUUAUCAUUAAAAUUCUUCUAGCUGACCUGUAAUGUGUUAAAAAAGGAAGCUCUCAGAAAAAUCAAUGUGGUUAUAGUUUAACACAGGGAAUGGUAAUUAUUGGUGCUUGAAAUUUAGUUUCUCAAUUAGUAAAACGAUUUAAAUGGCAAGGUUAUACUGUCAUGUCUGUUCAAGUAGAAUCCCUCCUCUGCUCCUGUAGCACUGCUUGAGUUUUUUUGUUUGAUGUCACGUUACAAAGAACCUCUGCUCUGUGGAACAGCACCUGUUUAUUUCAGCUAUUAAACUGAAUGCUGUGCUUUAUGUA